CGUACACCCAUCCCAUGUUAUUAGUAAUUCACAAACCAGAAGCAUCUACCAACAACCAAAUUCUUCACAAACAAUCCAUAUAAAUACCACCAUUCCACACCUCAUUUCACCAUUAUUCAAACAAAUUCGAAAAUCACUAACCAUAAAAUUCAAAUGGAUUUGCGACACCUCGGCGUGGACGCCCCCCUCCACUCGACGCUCCUCGACCUCGCGGACGAGGUCGAGAAGCCGUCUUCACAACAAAACAACAACCCCUCGCGGGCCUACAUCCGCGACGCCAAGGCCAUGGCGGCCACCCCCGCGGACGUGAAGGAGUACCCCUCCUCGUACGCGGUGGUGGUCGACAUGCCCGGGGUGGCGGCGGCGGACGUAAAGGUGCAGCUGGAGGAGGAGAGCAGGGUGCUGGCGGUGAGCGGCGAGAGGAGGCGGGAGAAGGAGGAGGGCGGCAAGUAUCUGAGGAUGGAGAGGCGCCACGGCAAGUUCAUGAGGAAGUUCCCGCUGCCGGAGAAUGCUGACGUGGAGGGGAUCUCGGCCGUGUGCCGGGACAGGGUGCUCACGGUCACGGUGCGGAAGCUGCCGCCGCCGGAGCCCAAGAGGCCCAAGGUGAUUCAGGUUAAGCCUGGUUGUUAGGUGCUGUGGAGAAGACGUUUAAACGAAUUGUUGAUUGUGUUUGUUAAGUGUGUUUUUGAUUAAAUGUUUGUGAUCAAGAAUUUCGGUUGUUAA